GUGCUCUGAAAUGCUCCCUGUCGGCAGCCUGGUGGGUAAAUAAAGGACAGCUUGGUCAAAGUUGCUCCAAGACUCUACUUCUUGCUCCAAGACUCUCCACUUGGGACUUGGACCUGAAAGUUGCUCCAGAACUCCACUUGGGACUUGGACCUGAAAGUUGCUCCAAAACUCCACUUGGAACUUGGACCUGAAAGUUGCUCCAAUACUCCACUUGGGACUUGGACGUGAAAGCAUCUCCAAGACUCCACAUCUUGCUCCAAGACUCUACUUCUUGCUCCAAGACUCUCCACUUGGGACUUGGACGUGAAAGUAUCUCCAGGACUCUCCCUUUCUUCCUCCCAGACUCUCCACUUGGGACUUGGACGUGAUGGCGGCUCUUGUCUGGACGCGCUGCGGCACCAAGACCUUGGUCACCGCCGCCAAAGGCAGCAGAAUCUCUACAAGGCGUCUCUUCUCCUGGGCGACGUCUGGCAGGACCGCCGAUGUCCUCACAAGUGGAGGUGCAUCCAUCCUGGUUGGAGUCCCCACCUUGUCCUGUUUGGUCUAUGGUUCCUACAAGAAGGUGCAGAGGUCAGCUGUGGUCCAGGCUUUGGAAAAAGACGAGGUUCUCCAGCAGGCAGACUACCUUUACAGCUGUGCUGAGACGGAGAAACUCUACCAACUACUUCAGCGGUACAAAGACAGUGAGAAUGCAGAGUUCCUGUGGAGGUUGGCCCGGGCGUCACGUGACAUGUCGGUGCUGCCCGAGGUGGACGCUGACAGGAAGAAGCAGCUGAUGUACGAGGCCUACCACUACGCCACCGCGUCGCUGGAGAAAGACGACAAAUGUUUUGCUGCACACAAGUGGUAUGCAAUAUGUCUGAGUGACGUGGGCGAGUACGAGGGAGUCAAAGUGAAAAUAGGAAAUUCUUACACCAUUCGGGAACAUCUUGAGAGAGCACUCACACUCAACCCCAAAGAUGCAACCUCCUUCCACAUUCUGGGUUACUGGUGUUUUGUGUUUGCUGAGUUGCCAUGGUACCAACGCAAGGUGGCAGCCGUCAUGUUCUCCUCUCCUCCAACUUCCACCUACCAGGAGGCUUUGCAGUUCUUCCUGCGAGCAGAAGAAGUGGAGCCCAACUUCUACAGCAAGAACAUGCUGAUGCUGGGCAAGACCUACCUGGCCCUCAAGGAGCCUCAGAAGGCUCAGCUGUGGUUGACCAAGGCCAGAGACUACCCUGCACACACGCUGGAGGACAAGCAGGUCCAUAAAGAAGCAGUUGACCUCCUGAAGAACUUCAGAUGAAAGCAGCACCUUUGAACAUUUCUAUCAUGCUAAUAUUGAGAAGAUGAUCUACACAACUCAAACUAUCUUACAAUAAGUUAUUUCACUUCCUCUCCUACAAAAUAAAAGCACACUCAUGGCCAGGCA